AAAAAAAAUAAAAAAUUUUCAAAAUUGCGAUAAAAAUGAUAAAAAUUUUACAAUAAUGUGAAUCAUGUUAAUCUAAUAAUUGAAUAUUUCCAAGUGGACGAUUUAUCGAGUAUUCUGGUCUGUAAUACGUACAAUGUUAUAUUUCGCAUAUUAAGAGCUUCGUUUUUAAAAAAUUCCUAUGACGUGGUGUUAUGACAUUGGUGGGUAUACUGAAAAUUUUACUAAGUUGCGAAGAUGAUGAGGUUGAACGAACAGUGCAAAAUUUUCUAUAUAAAAUGCUCCUCGUUGGCCGAGAUGUGUGUUUCAUACUGGCAGUAGUUUUCACUGUCGUAGCUGUCAUAACAAACAGUCAAAAUAAUACUCGCAGAGUUCCUCCGACUAAGCCCUUCUUCAGCAAUGGCACCUGGGUCGAUGAUUACUUCGCCGGCGAGUUGUACUACGCUAUAUUAAAAGCUACAAAGUACGAUGUGAUAUUCCUAAUGCUGUAUGCUCCGUGGGACGCAGAUAGUCAAAAUGCUCGAUCAGAAUUUGAAACAGCUUGUCGAUAUUUUCAUAAAAAAGUAUACUGCGCCGCAGUCAACUGUUGGCAAGCGAGUGGAGGUUGUAAAGCUCUUUUCGAAAAUGUCGCCAUGUAUCCUUUAUUCUUACUGGAUUUGAGAAAUAUCCCGUCGAUAAGAUAUAACGGUGAAUACAGUUCUUCGCAUAUGAUCCAUUUCUUGUCCACUGUCAUAAAACCGUUACAAAGAAUUCAUUCGGUGGACGAAUUCAACAAAUUGAGCGGUACAUGCGAUGCGUUGGUUGUUUCAUUUCUACCGGGAUAUAAAUUAUACAAACGGUAUUACACCGCUUCUAUCAAGUACUUAGAACGUGAUCCAAGACGUGACACAUGUUGGGCUUUUGUAACCGAUCACAAGUUAGCCGACGUUCUACAACUCGAACUGAACACUGUCAGGUUGUAUUUAUGGAAUGAGAGUUUGGUGUACAGAGACGACUUCAUUGAUAACGCCAUUGUCAAAUGGGUACACGAUAACGUCGACUCUCUAACGCGAUGGGUGUUUUUGAAGAACUCCAGGAGCGAUUUAGUGUCAGAUUUAAUCGAACAUAAUCCAUCUGUGAUCUUAUUUACUCCGAGGAACAUGUACCUAGAAAGCAAUCCGGCUUAUUUAUUGUUGAAAGAGGCUGCUCUCGAAUACAAAAGUUGUUUCGAAAUUUCCGUUGCGAAACAAGCUAUACCGUAUAUUUCUCGUAAACGUCAAGAAAUCCUGCAAGAUUUCCAUUACUGGGAUAAUCUGUGCGAUGAACGGUUUAUUUAUAUGGGAGAUGCUUACGAAUUGUUUCUCGAUACGUACGCUACGAAAGAAGUAUUCGACGAAAGUUUGCAAAAUAUGACGACAGCCAGAAGUUCGUACAAGAAUAAAAACGAUUAUACUAGUCGCAAUUUUACCCUCGGAAUGAAUUUAAAAUACGAUAAAAGAUCUCCGGAGAAUCUAGUCUUAUUUCAUAUCCGCGACAAGUGUCGCUGGUUGAAGAUGAUGAAGAAAACGUACGAGUAUUCGUAUCUUCGUGAUAAAUCUGAUAAACAACAUUUCAAUAGUGAUCUUCCCCUACCACGUGAUAUUUGCAGUUUAAAUAGGACUUUUACUUUUUUCGCUGUUGAUUCUUUGUUAUAUUCUUAUUUUUCUGAAGCAUUAGGCAUAAAUUUAAGUAACUAUAAGGAUAAAACGGCAAUUGUGAUAGUUAAUAAUAAGGUUGAAGAAGCAUACGUAUUACCUGAUCAAUUCGUUGAUAAAAAUACUUUACUACAAUUUAUGAUCGAUGUGAGUAAUCGAACCAUUCCACGAUGGAUGAAAUCAACCAGAGAUACGUCGUUGUAUACGCAUCGUUAUCAAAUUCCAAAAAAUCUUUCUUCCAGCGAUUUUGUGGUCGCAGAAUUGCAUAGUGAAACAUUCCAAUCUGUGGUUUUAGACUCUUCGAAACAUGUAGUGGUCUACUUUUAUUCGCCGUUCUGUAGUUAUUGCCAGGUAUCAUCUUAUGUCUAUUCGACCGUAGCUUACAUGUUGAAAAACUUCAGCGAUGUUCUAUUCACUCGAAUCGACAGCGAAAAUAACGAUUUGCCUUGGCAUUACGUUCCUCUAAGUUACCCUUCUAUAAUGGUUUUCUCGGCCAGCAGUAAAUCGGAAGCCAAACUAUUCUCCAUGAAUGAGGAAUUGACGGUGGAUAAUUUACUGGAUUUCGUGUUGACCAGCAUCGACGUCGAUAUCAAGAUCAAAUUUAUGAUAAACGAAUGCGAAAAGUAUCGUAAAAUUGAACAUCAAGCUGGCUGUGUUGUAUUCGAACGUUGCAUCGAUAACGUGAAAAAUCAUUGUUUACAAUUGAUCAAUAAUCUGGUGCAUAAUUACGUCACUAUCGAUGCGAAUGUUACUUUAACCGCCGAUUUUCCCGAGAAGGCAGAUAACUUAUAUAACGCGUUGAAUUUACUAAAGUCUGUUUAUAUGCAUUUGGAGAAUACAUAACGUUUUAUCAGU